CGGACACAGAGAGGAUUCAUCCUAAAAACCGGCGUAUCCGUUUUUAUUAGUGACAAACACUGACUGACAGCCCUCCUCACCCGUGUCCCCUUCACGGCCUCGGUUCCCACGCUGAUGACACAGACCCCAAUACAUCAAUUGAAAGCGAAAAAGUGAGCUUAGGCUGUCGGAGUUGGACUUUUUCUUCCUGUCCCUGCAGCACGUCUGUCCUCUCUCUCUCUCUUUCUCUCUCUCUCUCUCUCUCUCCCUCUCUAUCUGAGGCCGACAUAUAAAACAUUCCCACAGAGGAUCCAGAGGAGAUUAUCUUCACCCGCAUCUCUCUCCGUUCUCUAGCUGUCUCAUUUUAUUUUCCCUGCGUCCGAGACCAUGGCGGAGUACAGCUCUCUGCUCAGCGAUCUGUCUGAAAAUAUCACCAACGAGGACCUGGAGCAGCUCAAGUCAGCCUGCAAGGAAGACAUCCCCGAGGACCAGAGCAACAACAUCACCUCCUCCAAGGAGUGGUUCAGCUACCUGGAGAAGAACGACAAGCUGGCUCAGGAUAAUCUGUCGUACAUCGAGCACAUCUUCGAGAUUUCACGGCGACCAGACCUGCUGACGAGGGUGAUCGAGUACCGCACCACCGUGCUCAAGAUCUCAGAGGAUGACGAGAUCGACACCAAGCUCACACGCAUCCCCUCUGCCAAGAAAUACAAAGACAUCAUCCGCCAGCCCUCUGAAGAUGAGAUCAUCAAGUUGGCUCCUCCCCCUAAAAAAGUGUGAGGUGGCGACCCCGAGCCCUGAUCUUUGCACCUUGAUUUCUUCACUCCUGGCACUCCAAUCAACCACUGACCAACCGUUUCUGACCAGCCCCAUUACUCCCCCACCCUUACACACACACACACAUACACACACACACACACACACAAUAUACACAUGUACACACACACACAUACGCACCCUCCUCCUCCUCCACCCCUUACCCAUCCUGCACUAAAACUCGCUGUAACACACGACCGCGCAGGCAGCCACCGACCAAGCAACCAAUCAGAUCAGUAGCGAUGCAACCUUAGCCGCCGUUUCCAGAGCUGAUGGGAGACGGGAGAAGAAAAAAGGACAUUAGAAGAAGAAAUCUGGAGACGGAUCAACAGUAUGUGUGUGUGCGUUUGCGUGUGUGUUUGUGUGUGUGUGUGAGAGGAGAGCGAAAAAGAGAGAGCGCCAAAGUUUACCCUCGAUUCAAACACUGAGCGGGUCAGUUCAGAAUGUGUCUUAUAUGUUACACUGUUCAAUCUGUGAUGCUGUUUAUGCAAGUGUGUGUGUGUGUGUGUGUGUGUGUGUGUGUGUGUGUGUGUUGUUAUUGUUAAAACAAAGACUAAAUCCACCCAGGAGGAAUAU